AUGGAAGAUGAGGAGGACUUCUUGGACGUCCUGCUGCGCCUGAGAGAAGAAGGAACCGCCGGACUAGAGCUCACCGACGAUAGCAUCAAAAGCCUCGUCAAGGACAUGAUCUUCGCUGGAACCGAGACGACAUCUAUCACGCUGGAAUGGGCCAUGGCUGAGCUCAUCCAAAACCCGCGGGCAAUGGCCAAGCUGCAGGACGAGGUAGCACGAGUCUCCAACGGCAACCCGACCACCGAGGAAGACGACCUGCAAAGGAUGGAGUAUCUCAAGGCAGUGCUCAAGGAGUCGCUCCGGCUCCACCCGCCGGCGCCGCUCCUCGUCCCGCACGAGUCGACGGCCGCCGCCGUCGUCCAGGGAUACGAAAUCCCGGCCAAGACCGCGCUCUUCAUCAACGCGUGGGCGAUCGGGCGGGACCCGGCGGCGUGGGGCGACGCGGCAAAGGAGUUCCAACCGGAGCGGUUCCUCGACGGCGGUGGCGUGGCGAGCAUCGACCUGCGGGGGAACGACUACCAGCUCCUCUAUAAUAUCCCAGCUCAUCAAGUCAAGCGCUACAAACUUCAAUGUGAUUUUGCUUAA